ACCUUGUCGUGGACAAGGGGAUGCUGGACUGCGCCAUCGUCGAGCACGACGCCGCGCGCCUCCUCUGCAAUGUGCGCUCGUGGCUACUCUCGCCUCGUGGCGUGUACGUCGUCGUCUCGUUCCGCAAGCCGGAGCUGCUCGUUCCGGUCCUAUCUUGCCCGGAGCUCGGCUGGGAGGUGCGGCACACGGCGCUGCGCCUCCCAGGAGUGGAGCAGCAGGCGAGCGUCUGCGUCAUGCGGCGGGCAGAGGCGGCGGCCGGCCGGCCGCCCGACGAGGCUGUGGUCGGGCGGCACAUUGGGGCAGUCGUCGACCGGUGGUACCGCGAGGAGUCGCCGCUGCUGACAGCGGAGCGUGAGCAGCAGCUGCGCGCUGGGUGGGAGGCCGCGCUCGCCCGGCUGUCCCUUUUGGCGAGCGCCGCCAUGCCAGAGGGCCACCUGCCGCUACGAGAGGCGUGGGAGCUGAUGCUGACCUGCGAGGAGCGCGGAGAGCUGCCCGCAGACGAGUUCGCAGCGGAUGUGGGAGAGUUUCUCGGCCGGGCGGGAGCCGCAGCCGCCCCUGGCGCCGCCACGCUCGGCCUCGCCCAGGCGCUCGCGUACCUGCAGGAGCAGGCCUGACCGAGGUCGAGAGAUCGAGAGCCGCGGCCGGUGUACACCUUUUGCACACAGGCCGUCAGCCGCUGCCCGUACUUUUAACUUUACCCCGCGUCAGUC